GUACAACUUAAAAUUGUACAUUUACGUUAUGGUACAACUUCAGAUUGUACCUAUACUUUUUGUACAAAUUCUUUUAUGGUACAACUUGAACUUGUACCUUUAUGUGAUGGUACAACUUCAAGUUGAAAAGUUGUACCAUAACAUAAGGGUACAAAUUGCUUUAUGGUACAACCUAAACUUACAAAUUUAAUACUAUGGUACAACUUUAAGAUGUACCUUAAAGCACCAAUGCUAUAUAGCAUAGUAGAAGUGCUCGUGUACAAUAUCUCGAAUCCUUACAAUUUCAUCAAAUUAUCCAACGAAUCAGACCCAUUAAACAUUCUUUGUUGAUGUAACUUGAAUCGGACUAUCAUCUCCUCUGUAUUCUGUAAUCUCCUCGAUAUAUAGUGAAACUGGUUCUCCUGCCCGUGGACUAGCAAACACACAUAUCGUGUGUUUUCUAUUUUCGUAUUAUUACUUUCUCGAUUCCAACAAUUUCCCGAUUCAUAGCAGCACAGUUUGUAUCAUUCUUUUUCCAACCCAAAGACCACCACCCACCCCGCGUUCGUGCAUAUCGUAUCAUAAUAAUUGGACAGCCAGCUGCCUGCAGGGCACAACUAAGGGCGCUCGAUCCAUUGCCUUUACCCUUAGCUUUCUGAUAUAGAUACUAAUAUAUUGACCCCAAAUUUAAAGGCGAUUUGGCGAUUUGGGUAUCCCCUCAAUAUUGUAGGGCAGGGUAGGUUGGUAGGUAGGUCCCCUCUCUCUCUCUCUCUCUCUCUCUCUCUCUCUCUCACAGGAUCAUUGUACGUAUUGUACUGUACAUACAUGCAUGUUACAAGCUACCAAGUUGCAGGUUGGUGGUAGUAUAAAUAGAAGAAGCCCAAAUCUCCAUAUUUCCAGCCAGAUCAUCCUCAUCACACAUACCACUCUCAAGUAUACAGAUUAUCCAAACAAUACAAAACCCACAAAUCAAGUGAGUCACAGUCGAUAAUGGGAAAGUCGAAGUCCGGGGGUUCGUUCUGGAGCAACUUGUUCAGAGGCGGCCGCCGGUCAUCAUCAUCGUACGGGGACUACGGCGCGGCGGAGGAGUACGGCGGCGGCGGCGGCGGCGGUGGGAGGAGGGUGUGGGCCAGCGACGAGGACAAGGCGGGGAAAUGGGUGGCGGAUCCUCGCAUCGACACCAAGGCUUCAGCUUUCAUCGCGCACUUCCAUGCUUCACGGAUCUCCGAGGCCGAACACAUGAUCUUCCUCGCCGCCAACCCUCCUCCUCCUCCUCCUUCCUAAAUUAAGCCUACUUCUUCCGUUCAACCGCCGUCACCGGACACCGAUCAUCAGUCUACGAGCUACCGACGUGGCCGACGACUUCUGUAGCUUCAUUGAUUCCCCAACAUAUAUGAUCAGUCUUACCCAGCCUAGCUAUAUUUAUUUGUACACGCAUGCAUCGAUCCUUCCAUCAACAUGCAAAACACAGAAACAAUAAAAUAAAAUAAAAUAACAUAUGUAUUUGCAUUAUUAGUUAGUAUUACCUAUUAGUCUUCUAUUGUUUCUCCACGUCUCUUCCUAUUGUUUUCAGACUAAUUUAGUGGAUCAUCAUCCAAAUGUGUUUAGUGAAAAUUUCUUCAAUCUUCAAUUGUACGUAGUUUAAUUGGCAGAAGCUCUGCUGCUGUUUGUGAAUAUAUAUAUAUAUAUAUAUAUAUAUAUAAAUUCCCUACCUUUUUCCUAUGUGUAGUUUCAUAUAUGUCAGAAUAAUUUUCCAACCUCUCUUUUGGUUUUAUGGUGGGUAAUUAGUAAUUAAAAUGUUGUUAUCCAUUUAAGGAGCCUACUCCUCCCUAACAGCUAUUUGCUGCCAAUAAAAAAAUCAAAAUUGGUAAUAUAUACGUCUUUGGUAGAGGAAUUUCACUACCUACAACGUAUCCAACUCUCAGAAAACCUAUUGAAUCAGAAAAAAUCGACGCUCGCCAAAAAACUCACCGAAAAAUUAUCAGAAAAAGUCGAAACUCGCCGUAAACUGCACACGCAUCCAUCAAUCAUCACUAAGCAGUUGCGUCGAUUUUUUUGGAGUUUCGAACAAUAAUUUUGAUGAUUUUCAAGGGACAGAUAGCGUGCCAAAAGAUCCUGACGACCAGAAUCUGGCAGGGCCGAAAGAAUCCGAGCCCAGUGCCUUCGUGGCCGGCACCGUCCCUCCAUCACCGGUCACCGUCUCGUCGUCGUCGACCAACGAAAACAUGUAAGUUUUUUUUGACUACUUUUUUCCAGUUUCCGGCGAUUUUUUACGGUGACCUAAAGAAUAUUUUGGUCGGUGCGUCGCCGGGCAGAAGGAUUUUUUCGGCUCGCACUCUGACGACUUUUUCCCAGUUUCCGGCGAUUUUUUACGGUGGCCGAAAGAAUAUUUUGGCCGGUGCAUCGCCAGGCCGAAAAAAUCCUUUGGCCCGGCGACACACCGGCCAAAAAAUUCUAUCGGCUCGGCAUCGACGCCGCCGUCUGAAUUUUUUCGACCGGCAUCGACCAGGGCGUGCCGAAGGGUUUUUCUGACCGACGAAGGCCUUCUUUUCGGCCUAGCCUGGUCGACGCCGGCCUAAAAAAUCCGGUCGGCCACAUUGUCGCCAAGCCGAAAGAAUUUUACGGCAGGUGCGUCCUCGGGCCGAAGGAUUUUUUCGGCUUAAACCUCGCUGGGCCAAAAAAAUCCUUCGGCCCAGCCACGCACUGGCCGGAAGAAGCCGUAAAAAAUUGCCGGAAAAUGAAAAAAAUUGUCAGGAAAAAGACCUUACAUGUUAAUCGUUGGUCGGCGACGACGAGAUGGUGGUCGGCCACCGGAAUCUUUUGGUCCACCGUCUGUCCCUUGAAAAUCCUCGGAAAAUUGUUCGAAACUCCAAAAAAUCGACACACCUGUUUAGUAAUGAUUCAUGGAUGCGUGUGCAGUUUACGGCGAUUUUCGACUUUUCUGAUAAUUUUUCGAUGAGUUUUCCGGCGAGCGUCGAUUUUUUCUGAUUCAAUACGUUUUCUGAGAGCUGGAUACGUUGUAGGUAGUGAAAUUCCUCUACUGAAGACGUAUGUGUUACCAAUUUUGAUUUCUUUUUGAUUGGCGGCAAAUAACAUACCUCUUCUUUGUAGAUCUCUAACGAGUUAUGGAUACGACCUCCUGAGUCUCUCACCUUAUUAUAACAUUUUUGCUACGAGUUUCUGGAACUACCAGUACUCAACUUCAUUUUAUUUAUUAGUCGGUUCAAGUUCAUAAAUGAUUACGGUAAACAACUAAGACUAUGAAUGAAGUGAUUAACUUGAC